AUGGAUGGGACCAAUGAGAGCACCCAGGGAAAUUUUAUCCUUUUGGGAUUUUCUGACCGCCCCCAUCUGGAGAGGAUCCUAUUUGUGGUCAUCUUGAUUGCAUACCUCCUGACCCUUGUGGGCAACACUACCAUCAUCCUGGUAUCCCGGCUGGACCCCCACCUCCACACUCCCAUGUACUUCUUCCUCACCCACCUAUCCUUCCUGGACCUCAGUUUCACCACCAGCUCCAUCCCUCAGCUGCUCUAUAACCUGAAUGGAAGUGACAAGACCAUCAGCUACAUAGGCUGUGCCAUCCAGCUCUUCCUAUUUCUGGGUCUGGGUGGUGUGGAGUGCCUGCUCCUGGCUGUCAUGGCAUAUGACCGGUUUGUUGCAGUCUGCAAGCCCCUCCACUACAUGGUGAUCAUGAAUCCACAACUCUGCUUGGGUUUAGUGUCCCUUGCUUGGGGCUGUGGUGUGGCCAACUCUUUGAUUAUGUCCCCAAUGACUCUGUGGCUACCCCGCUGUGGGCACCGCAGUGUGGACCACUUCCUGUGUGAAAUGCCUGCCCUGAUCCAGAUGGCCUGUGUCAAUACGGCUGCCGUUGAAGGCAUUGCCUUUAUUUUGGCAGUGGGCAUUGUUCUGUCACCCCUGGUGUUCAUCCUGAUCUCCUAUGGCUACAUCAUGAGAGCUGUAUUAAGUAUCCAGUCAUCCUCAGGGAGGCACAAAGUCUUCAACACCUGUGGCUCCCAUCUCACAGUGGUCUCACUUUUUUAUGGAAACAUCAUCUACAUGUACAUGCAACCAGGAACCAGCUCCUCCAAGGACCAGGGGAAGUUUCUCACUCUUUUCUACAACAUUGUCACACCACUCCUGAACCCCCUGAUCUACACCCUCAGAAACAAAGAGGUGAAAGGGGCAUUGAGAAGAUUGGUUUUGGGAAAUCUAGGUUUAAGGAAGAGAUUAUAA